AUGUUCACGUACACAGUGUCUGUUGUGACUGGAAAUCAGGUGUUUGCUGGGACUUUGAACUACAUUUACCUGACGCUGGUGGGUGAAGAGAGAAGCAGCGACCGAACUCUGCUGGACAAAUCCUGGUUUGAACGUUUGGACAGAGGAAAGGUGGUCUCCAUUGACAUCCAUGUGGAGGAGACUCUUGGAGAGCUUCUGCUGGUCAAACUGGAGAAGGAGAAGUUCCUGAUCAAUGAUGAUUGGUACUGCAGGAGCAUCAGUGUAACGGCACCCGCUGGAGACUGCUUUGAGUUCCCCUGUUAUCGGUGGAUAGCUGAUCAAAAGGAGCUGGUUCUUCCAGAAGGACGGGGUCGAUUGCCUCAAGAUGAAAAGCUCUCAAUAGUGAAAGAGUGCAGGCACCUGGAACUGGAAAACAGACAAAAACAUUUCAGGUGGAAAGAAUGGAAACCCGGUUUCCCAAUGUCUAUUGAUGUCAAUGGAUCCUCUGAACUUCCUUUGGACGUUAAGUUUGAUACCGAAAAAGUAGUGGACUUCAAAUUGCAUUUCCUGAAAGGGAUUGGAAAUGUUGGUCUUAAUAAAUGUAAGGGUUAUUACCAGUCUUGGAAAGACUUUGCAGAUUUUGAAAAAGUGUUCAUAACCAUUGAGAACACAGUGUCAGAGCAUUUGAUGCAGAGGUGGAAGGAGGAUGCAGUGUUCGGUUAUCAGUUCCUAAAUGGCUGCAAUCCUGUGAUGAUCAAAAAGUGCACAGAACUUCCAGGGAAGUUUGUGGUCACGCAGGAGAUGGUGAGGAACUCCCUGGAUAAAGGAACAACUCUGCAGGAUGAAUUACAGGCAGGAAACAUCUACAUAGCAGACUAUGAAAUACUGGAGGACGUGCAACCCAAUGACACAGACCCCAGCACCCAGCAGUAUUUGGCCGCCCCCUUCUGCCUGUUUUACAAGAACGGACAAAAUAAAUUCAUACCAAUCGCUAUUCAGCUCAGUCGUGAGGCCACUCCAGGACAGAUGAACACAGUCUUUCUUCCCAGCGAUAAUCACUACGACUGGUUGUUAGCCAAGAUGUGGGUGAAAUCCUGCGACUUCAACGUACACCAGCUGGUCACACACCUUCUCAGAACACACCUGAUAUCUGAGGUGUUUGCCAUAGCCAUGUUCAGACAGCUCUCUGCUGUCCAUCCUGUGUACAAGUUACUGAUCCCUCAUGUCCGUUUCACCAUUGCCAUCAACACUGCAGCACGUGAAAAACUCAUCAAUGACACUGGGGUCUUUAAUGAGGCUAAUAGCAGUGGAGGGAUUGGACUUCAGCAAGUGAUCCAAAAGGCCAUGCAGACAUUAACCUACAAGUCUCUGUGCUUCCCUGAGGCCAUGAAAACUCGAGGAGUUGACAACCAGGAAGAUCUGCCCAACUACUACUACAGAGAUGAUGGCAUGCUGGUCUGGGAGGCAGUGAAAAGCUUUGUCUCUGAUGUGGUCAAGAUCUACUAUAGUAGUGAUGAGACCGUUCAGGGAGAUGAGGAGAUCCAGGCUUUUGUUCAGGAUGUUUGCUCCUCUGGUAUGAAGAAUUGUCCCAAGAACGGUGAGUUUCCAAGUGCCCUAAAAACCCAGGAGCAGCUGGUUGAGUAUCUGACCGUGGUGAUUUUCACAGCUUCAGCACAACAUGCAGCAGUCAACUUUGGACAGUUUGACUGGUUUGCUUGGGUCCCGAACACUCCGUCCACCAUGCGGAAACCUCCACCCACAGAGAAGGGCAAAGUGGAUAUGAAGUACAUCAUGGAGAGUCUGCCGGACCGCCAACGCUCCAGUUGGCAUAUAGGAGCAGUUUGGGCCCUCAGUCAGUUCCAGGACAGUGAGCUGUUUUUAGGCGAAUACCCUGAUAAGUAUUUCACUGAAAAACUGGUCACUGAAGCAAUUGAGAAUUUCCGCAAGGAAUUAUUUGUCAUCACUAAGAUCAUCAGAAAGAGAAAUGAAACUCUGGAGCUGCCCUACUUGUAUCUGUGUCCAGACAGGAUCCCCAACAGCGUGGCCAUCUGAAGAAAACAUCUGUGGCGAACAUCUUCAAAAGCUGCUCACAGUUCAUUUACACAGUAUUUGCUUAGCACUUUAAAAAAAAGGCAGCAAAAAACAUUGGAAAGCAUGGUUUUAAUUGGGCUGUUUAGAUCUGUAUCACACACAAAAAAAUAAGCACAACAAAUUACUGUAAUACAGCGGUCCUAAACUCAAUUCCUGGAGGGCCGCAGCUCUGCGUACUUUAGCUCCAACCACCUUCAACUCACACCUGUGUAAUAGUAGUCUUGAACACCUAGUAGUCUUGAACAUUUAACUAUUGAACUAUUUAGAACAUUAACAUAAUGGAUACAGCAGUGGAUAUAAACGAGUACCCUGUCACAUUUGCCAUGCCAAAACUGCAAUGCUAAACGCGCGUGCGUGUGUGUGUGCGCUCAAACUCCACACCAAAUACAUCAAACAACCGUUGAAAAAGUUUGUACUGUAAUAAAAGAGAUCUGCUUCAUU